AUGCUCGCCUACUGCGACGCCGUCACCGCGUUUUGGCUGCAGACGGGCGUCGCCGUCGCCGUCGACGCGCUCCGCGGCGGCUUCCACGACUACAUCCCCCUCAUCGCCCUCCGCCUGCUCACCGUGGAGGAGAUCCACGGCCUCGUCAACGGCAACACCCUCCCCGUCCCGCGCCAGGACUUCGAGGAGAACUGCCUCGCCGACCACGGCUAUACGCUGAUCUGCAAACACGUCCAGUGGCUCUUCGACAUCCUCGCCGGCUUCGACGCGGCGGCGCAGCGGAAGUUCUUCGCCUUUUUGAUCGGCUCGCCCCAUCUCCCCGUCGGCGGCCUCGCAAGCCUCAAGCCGAAGAUGACGAUCGUCCGCAAAACCUCCUCGGACGCCGCCGUCCGGGAGGAGGACCAGCUGCCGUCGGCGAUGACCUGCCAGAACUACCUCAAGCUCCCCGCCUACGAAACGAAGGAGCAGAUGCGGACGAAACUCCUGCAGGCGAUCUAUGAAGGCGCCGAGGCUUUUCUGCUCACCUGA